AUGGGUGCCGCCUUAUCGUCGAUGCUGGCGGCUCCCGAGUCGCUUUUGACCUUCGCAGUCGUCGCAGCCGUCGCGUGGGUUGUCUUCCCCCGGGGGGAGGGGUCAGCAGGCAACAGAGUGCAGUGCUACGACCCUGCCACGCUGCAGUACCUGGGCUUCUCGCCUGCUCUGAAAGCAUCAGAUGUACGUGAUAGGGUGCAGUGCUACGACCCUGCCACGCUGCAGUACCUGGGCUUCUCGCCUGCUCUGAAAGCAUCAGAUGUACGUGAUAGGGUGCAGUGCUACGACCCUGCCACGCUGCAGUACCUGGGCUUCUCGCCUGCUCUGAAAGCAUCAGAUGUACGUGAUAGGGUGCAGUGCUACGACCCUGCCACGCUGCAGUACCUGGGCUUCUCGCCUGCUCUGAAAGCAUCAGAUGUACGUGAUAGGGUGCAGUGCUACGACCCUGCCACGCUGCAGUACCUGGGCUUCUCGCCUGCUCUGAAAGCAUCAGAUGUACGUGAUAGGGUGCAGUGCUACGACCCUGCCACGCUGCAGUACCUGGGCUUCUCGCCUGCUCUGAAAGCAUCAGAUGUACGUGAUAGGGUGCAGUGCUACGACCCUGCCACGCUGCAGUACCUGGGCUUCUCGCCUGCUCUGAAAGCAUCAGAUGUACGUGAUAGGGUGCAGUGCUACGACCCUGCCACGCUGCAGUACCUGGGCUUCUCGCCUGCUCUGAAAGCAUCAGAUGUGAAUGAGCAUGUGGCAAGGGCACGGCAGGCGCAGCAGCAGUGGGCGCACAGCAGCUUCGAGCAGAGGAGGCAGUUCCUGAGGGUGCUGAUGCGAUACGUGGUGGAAAACCAGGACCUCAUAUGCAGAGUAUCGGCCCGAGAGUCGGGCAAGGUGCUGGUGGAUGCUGGGUUUGGUGAGAUUCUGACGACGUGUGAGAAGAUAGCGUGGCUGCUAAAUGAAGGGGAGAGGUGGCUCAAACCUGAAUACAGGUCCGUGGGUCGAACCAUGAUGCACAAAGUCGCUAGGGUGAAGUUUGAUCCAGCAGGGGUGAUCGGAGCCAUAGUGCCGUGGAACUACCCCUUUCACAACGUGCUUAACCCCGUGCUGUCCGCCGUAUUCGCUGGCAAUGCUGCCGUUAUCAAGGUAUCAGAGCAUGCGAGCUGGGGCGCACACUACUACCUGGAUAUCAUUCGCUCGGCGCUCAAGGCUGUUGGGGGCCCGCCUGAGUUGGUUCAUGUGAUCACUGGGAAGAGAGCUCUCAAGGCUGUUGGUGGCCCUCCAGAGCUCGUGCAUGUGAUCACUGGAGCUCGACAGACCUCCACGGUGCUGGAGCUGGGAGGUAAAGACGCCUUCAUCGUGUGUGACGAUGCGGACUUGAAGCAGGUUGUUCCCAUAGCCCUGAGGGCUGUCUUUCAGUGCAGCAGCGGGCAGAACUGCGGUGGGGCGGAGCGGUUCAAUGUGAGGGAACCUGUGGGGCAGAGCGGUUCCCUGUGGGGCAGAGCGGUUCCCUGUGGGGCAGAGCGGUUCCCUGUCGUCCCCAUCGCUCUGAGGGCUGUCUUUCAGUGCAGCGGGCAGAACUGCAUUGGGGCGGAGCGGUUCUUUGUGCAGGCCGGCAUCUACGACCAGUUUGUGGGGGAGGUGGUAUCUGUGGCGCAGCAGAUGCGACUGGGUUACCCUUUGGCGGAUGAACUGGAGGGAGAUGAGCAAGAUGGGAUGAAUGGAGGAAGGGAAAAGGCAACUGCUCCUGCUUCCCAGCAGGAAGGUGUGGGAGAUGGAGAAUUGGGAAAAGUGGCAAGAGGAGGCCAGUUCUACCCCCCCACCGUACUCGUUAAUGUGCGCCCCACUAUGCGCAUACUGCACGAGGAAGUGUUCGGCCCUAUAAUGUGCAUCGUAAAAUUUGAAAAUGACCAAGAGGUGGUGGCAGCUGCAAAUGACUGCCCGUUUGGGCUCGGGUGUUCGGUGUUCUCGGGGGAUAGGAGGCGGGCUGCUGCGAUUGGGGCGGCAGUGCAGUGUGGGAUGGUGGCGAUUAAUGACUUUGGAUGCACCUACAUGUGCCAGUCACUGCCAUUUGGCGGAGUGAAGGAGAGUGGUUUCGGCCGGUUUGCAGGGGUGGAAGGGCUGAGAGGGUGCUGUAACGAGAAGGCUAUUGUGGAGGACAGGUUUUACUCACUCAUCAAGACCAACAUCCCUCCGCCUCUCCAGUACCCCCUUGCACCCAACGCAGUACCAUUCCAGCAGGCUCUGGUGCGCAUGUUCUUCGCCCACACCCUGCUGGCGCAGCUCUCUGGACUCUUCCACCUGCUGCUGGAGCUCAUGCGCUCACCCAAGAGGACAAACACACAGCAACGCCCAAGCUCGGCCGCCCAUGUUGCUGGUGCUGGUGCUACGACUUCUGCUGCACGGCGCAAUUCAGGUGUAGGUGCGUCAGGUGGUGAGAGGCCACAUAAUGAGUAG